GUGUUUAUUCCCAAUAUGCAUGAUGAAUCACCUAGUGCGCUAGCGAGCUGUGUAUACAAUACAAUUGUGCAUAGUCAGUGUACUAGGCUAGUAAACUGUAUUAGUCAUUUGUAAUAAUGGAGGUGUUUCAAAGUGACUCUGAACUAACUGAGGCCUAAAAUUCAAUAGAUUUUGCCUAAUUCUCUCCUAAACAUGAUUGUUUGACUAAUCGAUAUCAUUGUUAAUUUUUGGUUAACUUUGCAGACAAGUUGAUGUUCACUUCAACAAGGUUACUUCAAAUUAUAAAUAUAAAGUUGAAGAAGAGACAGAGAUAGUGGUGAGAUCGAGCUAAAUUGAGAGCUGUAUGUAUGACUGAACAACAUGACUCAUCUACUACGAUAUCUUUUGAUAUUUGGUGAUCGGAAAAAGAAAGUUGAGCUCUCGGUGAGUGAGGAGCUAGAGAAUGUGAAGGUAGAGACAUUGAAACAAAAAGCCAGAGAACUAUUCAAUCUCCAGAAUGUCAUUCUUCAGAUCUGGGACAAGGGGUUUGAAGACUGGGUUGACCUUGACGAGGGUGACCCAACACCCACCAACAGCAGGAUCAAGGUGGAGGUCAACAAAGAAGCCAAAAGUGCGUCGUCCAAUCAAGCAACCGUGAUGGUUGCAAACUGUAAGGUAGGGCCACCAACAGUUCAAGUUCGGCCAUCCUAUCCAGCAUUUGCAUUGACGACUUUGGAAGUUCCUCAAGCAGUUACUUCACCCCCAUCGUCUAUCAAGUUGCAACAACUCUCACAUCCUGUGUCCUCUCCGCAGUCCGUUGUGCUGCCUCAGAGGACGAUGUCUGUUGGUCAAAGACAGUUUGGAACUGAACAACCUAUAGAAUCACAGACCACAGGAAGGACGUCAUCUUUGACUCAGAGUGGGACUGUAGACGUGGGAAGAAGUAGCAAUGACGGGAGUAAUAUUGCCAUGGGAGGCUGUCAACAUUGUUCACCAGUCACUUCGCUUUCCCAAGAUAGAUCAGUCCUCGAUCACAUCCAGCAGUCCUUUUUUCCUUCAAGACUGCCUGAGGAAACUUCAACCCCGUCCCUAGAAGAUACGGCCACCCAAACACCAUCAUUGCAUCAGGAAGACCAGCCAGUUGAAGAAGCUCUGAAUAAAUCUGUACCAGGGCGAUACCUGCAGGGUUUAGUAAGGACAGCUAUCAUUCCUUCACCUGACAAUAUGCCUCACCAAAACACUUCUGCAGAGCAUGGCAACAGACUAGUUGCGGAGACAAUACAGCAGUCUUCUCCUACACCAUGUAUGCAUAACUUACCAACUCAAGAAAUAACAUUUCCUGCAACUCAAGAUAUUGUGACCAACCCACAAACAGCCAUGUGCAUGGCAGAAGAUCAAGAGGAUCAUGUAGUCCAGAAGUCCCUGUCAGGCAUAGGCAUGUCACGUGAGACACCUGAAGACCAAGUUGUUCAGGAGUCAUCUUCUAUGCAUUUGUCCAGAACUGCAAGGAUCCGAGACGAAGUCUUGCAGUGCUCUCAUAAUCCACUUCAUAAGACCACCCCAAGUUAUGUUGAAUACAAACCAAAUUUGAAUGUUUCCCAGGAGGCCCACUUUGCAAAGGAUCCUGCAGGAAGUAUUUCCUACUCUCAAGACCAUGUCCGAUCUCCUAUUUUCCCUGAAGAUGAGUUAACAAAAGCAGGACAACGAGGACAGGAUGAGGAGCAGAUGCCUGAUGGUGAUCAACCUCCAUUACAGGAUCAUAUUGAUCUGUUUCUCACUGAUUACAAACUGCCUUCGUUUCCUGCUGAGAUCAUCCAGAGACUUGACCGUGGUGUAUGUCUGGAACCUAAGGAAAAGUCCAUUAUCCUGGAUACAAUCUUUGAGAGUGUCAUUCCAUUUACAUAUUACCCAUCCAGGUCAGAGUAUACUUACUUGACAAAAAAGCUCUUGGAGCAGUAUCCAAAGCUUCUACCUCAAGUUGGCGCCAUCCAAGAUUUUCAUUAUCAAUGGGAGGCAUGGAGACAGAAAUUGAUGUACAAGUUCAAGAACAGGCGUAAACGCCAGGACAGAGAUGCUCCCAGUGUACGGCACCAUAAGCGCAUGAAGGACGGGGAAUUAGACCAGGACCUGACUGCUUACUCCAACACAGCUCAUGAGGAUAUAAGUUGUCUUGAUGGGGCUGAUGAUGAGGUCUCUGAAGCAAUGGUUGAUGAGGAACUUGCAGGAGUUUGCCAGAAAGACUCUUUAAAAACUUGCAUGGACAAAGAUAUAAAGGCUAAUCAAUGUGACACACAAGAUGUUGCUUCAGAAUGUCCGAAUCAACCGCUGAACCAUCAGCCUGCGAGGAUUCCAGACAGGAAUGACCCUUCUUUAGACCCACCCCAACAAUGUAAACCUGCCCAAUCGCACAACGAUCUUGUAAUGGCCUGUGUCAUGGACUCUGUGUCUUCUUGUGUAGACUUGGAGGAUUCUGGGAUUGCUGAUAAAGGCAUACCCUUGUCUCAGAAGGAUGGCUCUCACCAGGAGCCCGCUUCACACCUCCAAAUUAGAUCUGUCAUAGGUGCCUUCCAGGAGUCUAGUUCAUCAAUGUGUAAUGAAGUUUCCAGGUUACCAAGAAGUAAUUUGCAGAUGUCUGAACACCACACUAAAGACAGUGUUCCUAGCCUUCAACCAACCAUGCCAUCUUCACAAAAUAAACCAACCAUGGAAGUUGAAAUGCUGCCCGGUUGUUCAUCAUUGUAUGGACAGAUUAUAAAGAGUUGUGGCAGUGCACUUCUCUCCUCCAGAGAUUAUUCCACUUCUGUCCAUUCCCACAAGAAUGUACCCUCCAGCACUGGACAAGAGCAGAGGUUGACGGAAGGUCCACGUGCCCAGAGCCCCACUUUCUACUUUCCCGAAAGACCAUCACUCUUUGGUUACAAACUGCCAGAAUUCACUUCUACUAUCAAUCGAAAAAUCAAGAAUUGCAUACCUAUAGAAAGCCAUGAUAGAUCCAUUAUUUUGGAUACGCUGUAUGAAAGUGUCAUUCCCUACACAUUUUAUCCAACUGCUGCAGAUUACAUCUAUUUGACAAGCAUCUUUUUGAAUCAGUAUCCACAGCUUUUUAGCCAGGCCGGACCAUCGCGUGCCGGAGAAGAUCAUUUUGAGGCUUGGAGACAGAAACUGAUGUACAAGUUCAAGAACAAGCGGAAACGCCAGGACCGGGAUGCUGCAGCUGUACAAGAACGUACCCGUAAGAAAACUAGGAAUCCUGAGAGUUUAGAUGAAGGUAGCAGUGGACUUAACUCGGAUGGCAGAGAUCUGGUAACCAGUAAUUUUUCUGACGAUGCUGCUGAUGAUGAUGAUGUCCUGGAAGUGAUGGAUGAUGAUGAAGACAUUGUGAUCAAAGAAGAAGACACUACAUACCAUGUAAUGGCUGCAGAUACAACCAAGGAUGAUGACACACCAAUGAAUGAAGCAGUCCAAGAGUCGCUCUCUGUGCCUAUGAACAGCACUAGGAAUCCUGAUAAAAACCUGCCCUGCUCACAGAAUCAGCAGUCCAACCCACCAAACACUUUACUCUUACAAAACCAUCCAGUCAAGGAAGUCACCCAAGAAUCUAUAUCCAUGCAGCGAUCAGUCUAUCCAAGACCUCCAGAAAUGACCUUACCUUCCUCCCAAGAAGUUUCCCAUAUUCCAGGAGUCAAGGGGAGCGGCCUACCAACCAACUUGGGCAGGGGAGAUAAUCAAAAAGAAACUCACCAAAGACAGAGUUCUCCAACAUUCAGACCAGAAUCUUUGACACUCCAUGAUUAUAAACUCCCAGAAUUUCCUUUUCACAUCAUUCAAAAACUGAGUUGUGGUAUGCAAUUAGCUACCAAAGACAUAUCUACUCUGCUGAACAUCCUCUACGACAGUAUUGUGCCUUACACCUAUUAUCCAUCUGCUUCAACUUACAACUAUAUUACAAAGAUAUUAUUGGAACACUAUCCACAACUUCUCUCCCAGACUGGCCCCAUGAAAGAUUGUCCGGACAGCUGGGAGGCAUGGAGACAGAAAUUGAUGCACAAGUUCAAGAACAGGCGCAAGCGCCAGGACAGAGAUGCUCCCGCUGUACAACAACGAUUCCAUAAGAAGUAUAGGAAUAUUGAUGGACUUGAUGAACUUCCAGGUGCAAGUGAACAAGACUUGAACGAAGGCAGAGAUUCUGAUUGGAUUGAAAAGGAUGAUGAUGAGGGUGAUGUCUUUGAGGUGGAUGAUGAUGAUGAGGAUGAGGAGGACAUUGUAGUUAAAGAAGAAAACACCACUAUGGCUGCAGACACGACCAACCUUGAUAGUCCAUCAGUCAAGAGAACAGUCCAAGAGUCUGUUUCUUUGCCUUCGUACAUCCAGAGUUCAAGGAGCACUGGAAGAAACUUGCCUAGCUGCACUGAAGAUGAUCCAAUUUACCAACCAAGCACUUCAAUGUCACAAGGGAAACUAGUCAAUGAAAUCAUCCUGGAGUCUUGCUUCCCACGACCAUCAAUACAAGUGUCUAGACACCCUCAGACUACCUUGCCUUCCUACCAAGAAGGUCUUCAGAGCACCGAGGAGACCUUCUCAUCAAGCUCAAUGCAAAGAGAGAUGCAGAUAGAAAUAGAACAAAGGAAGCAUGCUCCAACUGUACGACUAGAAAGCUUGAAACUCCAUGAUUAUAGAUUACCGGAGUUUCCUUUCAGCGUCCUUCAUAAACUGGAGCGCGGCGUUCCAUUAGCUACCAAAGACGUAUCUAUCCUCCUCAAUACCAUGUAUGAGAGUAUCAUUCCAUACACCUAUUACCCAACCAAAUCAGACUACAACUACUUUACCAAGAUGUUAUUGGAACAGCAUCCAGAACUUCUCCAAAAUUGUGGCCCCAUACAAGGCAAUUGUCCAGAUAACUGGGAGGCAUGGAGACAGAAAUUGAUGCACAAGUUCAAGAAUAAGCGGAAGCGCCAGGACAGAGAUGCUCCUGCUGUACAACAAAGAGCACAUAGGAAAUUUGAUGAACUAGAAGAAUUCCAAGGUUUCAGAGAAGACACCUUGAAUGAAAGCAGAGAGUGGAUUGGUGGUGAUAAUCUUGAACAGGAUGAUGAAGAUGAGGUCUUUGAUUUGAUGGAUGAUGAUGAGGAUGUUGUAAUUGAAGAGCAAGACACCACAUACCAUGUCAUGGCUGCAGACACAACAGAUCUUAGUUUUCCACCAGUCUCUAGAACAAUUCCAGAAGCUAGUUCUUUGUCUGUGUACAUCCAAGGCUCAGGGAACCCUGAGAGAAACCUACCUGUUUCGCAAGAUGAUCAGAUUCACCGACCAAGUGCUUCAUUUUCACAAACCAGACCCAUCAAGGAUGUAACCCAAGAGUCUAGCUUAUCACAGGCACCAUUGCAAGAUACAAGACUCCCAGAGACAGCCUUGCCUUCCUUCCAAGGAGUUCCUCACUCGGCUACAAUUGAUGAGGACUUGCCACAAAGGAAGAGUCCUGCAACUUUAAGACAGGAAAGAUUGUUUAUGUACGAUUAUAAACUCCCAGAGUUCCCUUCUCACAUCAUUCAGAAACUCGAGUGUGGUAUGCAAUUAGCUACCAAGGACAUUUCUACUCUGCUGAACAUCGUCUAUGACAGUAUUGUGCCAUACACCUUUUACCCCACUACAUCAGAUUACACCUUCUUUACCAAGAUAUUAUUGGAUCGUCACCCAAAGCUUCUCACACAGGCUGGACCCAAGGGAGGCAAUCAUCCUGAUAACUGGGAGGUGUGGAGACAGAAACUGAUGCACAAGUUCAAGAACAAGCGUAAGCGGCAGGACAGAGAUGCUCUAGCUGUACAACAGCGAGCCCACAGGAAGUUUGGGACUUACGACGGACUUGAAGAACUGCCAGGUUCCAGUGGACUACACCUGAGUGGAGGUGACUGGAUAACCAGCAGUUGUCCUGAGGAGGAGGAUGAAGAUGUUGGUGAUGUCUCAGAGCGGAUGGUUGAGGUCAAGGACAUCGUUAUCAAGGAAGAAGACACAGAGUACCAUGUCAUGGCUGCAGACACAACCAAUGUUGGUGACACUUGAAAGCUGUGACCAUUCAGUUAGACGAGGAGUGGGUCAACUGGUUCGAGUGGCUGUUGAUGUCAUCUAGAUGACCCCUGAGGCCAAUGGUGCUGCCCUUUUAACUUUGAGGAUGAUGAAUGAUAGUCACAGAACAAUGUUCCAUAUCUGCUGCUACUAAUAGCACUUGAGAUCAAGGCAUCAUGAUCAUGGGGCCUGUUUCAUUAAACUUGCAAUAACAUUUAAAAGCUACUGAAAUCAUUCAAUAUGGUUGGCUGACAGUGAUUGUUAAUUUCUGAAACAGGACCCAGAGUAUGAAUAAAACAUUAAGUUGAUCCGUCAGCAAGACGUCACAAUCCUGGACCUAUUUAUCUUGAGGACAGCAAUGGGUGACCUUUGACCACUCUUAUUUUUAGCACUAAAGGUCUGCAAAGAUACUCAAUAUUCGUAUUUCCUUUGGUCACCUCAUCAUUAAGAAGACAAGUCAGGAUGAUGACCCUUGACCCCACUCAAAUUAAUAACACCAGAGAUCUGCCAACUUCCAUCCAUUUUCCUAAUGCACCAGGUUGAAGGUCAUCACAAUGACUCUUCUCUCAUAUGGGAAGGCUUAGCCUUAUCUAGGCGGGGAGGGGGAUGCUCUAAGACAACGUAUGAAUUUUGACAAAAGUGUCAUGCUCAUGCGUACCGAUAUUCAAGGCAAUGGGCGGAAAUCCCAGGGGGGACGUGUCCCCCCUACUCAAAAUAGGAGGGGGGACACAAUAUCAAAUGUCCCCCCUACUAUUUGUGGUCUUUUAUGAUGGUAAGAAAUACAUCAUCCAAAAUCGAAAUAAAACAUGUAUGUUAGGACGAGAUGACCAUACUUUUGGGAUGAUAACCUUUUCUUCUUUUUUUUGCUUGUCAAAUUUAUUUUCGUAGAAAUGACCUUAAAUUUUGGGUGAUAACCUUUUUUUUGCUUGUCAAAUUUUCCAGACCCUUGUCCCCCCCCCCCCUACCUUUUGGGAGAGAUUUCCGCCCCUGUUCAAGGCUAAUAUUCUAGGAGCCCUCCCCCCCCCAUUCCCCUGUAUUAUUUAAAAACCAAGAUAGCCCAGCCUAGUCUGGGUUAAAGAUAUGGGGGUGGUGGUUGAUUUUAUGCUUACCACAUAUGUAGUUGUUUUUUAGAUGAAAAAAUGCGUUCAUAUAUGUGGGCAUAAUUAUACUUUUACAUUUUGCAUGAAUGUUAGAUAGACUUUCAUAUUUUUGCCAUAUUACCAGUAAGGGCAAAGUGAAGAAUAGAAUACCACUGUUUAAUGAUAAUGAUUUAUUAUCAUUGUAUCGUUCUUAAUGUGACAGUUUUGAAUCAUUAUUGUGCAUCAAAUCAUAAGCUCAGAAUUGAAGUAAAAAGAAACAAAAAAUCAUUUCAGAAUUCAUGUUUAUUCCAAAAGAUCAAGAGAAGUUAUAAUCCAAAAGUAUAUUGUUGAUGUUGAUUUUGAGUCUACUGCCUUCUUUAAAAGUUCUAGUUAAUGUUUGUUUUUGUAUUUUUUAAUUCUUACUAUUUUUUUUUUUUGGGGGGGGGGGGUGAGUCUUAACAUUUGUUCAGGUUAAAACUAUUCUGACUUCAAAUAUUUUUGUUCCUGUAUCUGUAUAAUUUCCAUUUUUUUGGUGAAUUAUAUUAUAAUAGAAUUCUAUUUAAAUUUAAAAUAUUACUCCUUUUUUCCAUUCCUCAAUAAACUUGAGGUUUAUUUAUCAAGGUUAUCUAAUGAAGAUGUGAAUAUAUCUUAUUUGCUUUUCUUAUAUAUAUAUAUAUAUUAUUUUCCAGAGUGUCUUUAAUUAAAGGAGCAGGAUUUUCUAUGUUCACAUUAUUGCCCUGAAUAUAGAAUAUACGAAAAGGACAAAAAAUAUAUUGGGGCCCUUUGGGGGAGGGGGGUAAUUUGAAUGUUUUUUAUAACUGAUGAUCGAGUGAUCCUAUCUUUUAAUUAAUCACCCAAAAGCUAUUGUGUGCCUGAAUUUGAAUUAUUGUUUGGAUAACACUGCCCCCCCCCCCUUGUCAGUGCAAUCAAUUAGACAUGAAAUAUUUUUAUAUUUUAAUAUUCUCUUUAUAGUUAUAGGAGAAGACAAAUUGUGUUUUCUUGAAUAAUGUUGUGUACAUUGAUACAAACAUAGUGUUGAUUAUAUUUACUAAUUUGUUAUUAAAAUUGUUAAAGAAUGAU